UAAUAAUAUUUUAUCACAGGAUUCCCGGGUGUUAUUGGUUGUGUAGAUGGAACAAUGAUAAAAAUUGUAUCCCCGUCAGAAAAUGAAGCAGAUUAUUUAUGCCGUAAAGGCUUUUAUGCGCUCAAUGUACAGAUGACAUGUGAUCCUCAGUUUAGAGUGUUGGAUGUCGUUGCAAAGUGGCCAGGAAGUGUGCACGAUGCUCGAAUUUUCAGGGAAUCCAACUUAUGCACACUUAUGGAAGAAGGGCAUCUAUCGGGCUUUUUACUAGGAGAUUCUGGAUACGGCCUGAAACCAUAUCUCUUGACCCCGUAUAUGGCGGAAGAUGCUCCUGGAAACAGACGCUAUAAUGCAGCACAUUGUAGAACAAGAGUCACGAUUGAGCAAACAUUUGGGAUUUUGAAAAAGAGAUUUCAUGCCCUCCACUGUGGCCUUAGGACAAAGCCAGAAAGAGCGUGCAGAAUAGUGACAGCAUGUGCAAUUCUCCACAAUAUAGGUAUCCAACGGAGGGACAUUAUGAGAGACUCAGACUUGACGAAUGCAGUUGAUGUGGCCGUGGACGUCCACGUUAGGGUUCCAGAAGACGCUGUAGGACGCACCGUGAGGGACCACGUGAGAGAUACAUACUUCUCAUGAUAGUCUGUUUACCUGGACGCAUGAAUGACAGAGGUCAUUCGACCGUGCAGAGUGCAGCGCUUAGACAAGGACGUACUUGUACACGUGCCGGGGGCAACAGAGCAGAACCGUGAAGACCGCUACCUGGACGCCAAUCAAGGACACAGUUACUGGUGAACCAACACUCUUCUCGAUGAUCUACUCACUGACCAGGACGUUCUGACAAUUGUUGUCAUUCGAGUGUGGCUAAUUGACAGUUAAACUAAUUACUACACAUGGAUACUAUACAAAGACUGUGUAAACUUAUUUUAACGACUGGAUCUUUUAUGGACAGUUUACGAGCUUCAAAAGUAAUGACCACGUUAAUUCCCACGCAUCAGUGACAAGGGGGCGUUUCUAGUGACCGUAUAUACGAACUGACAUGGACAGAGUGAAGCAGUCCUCAACCCACCACCAGUGAGGAACGGUCUCCCUCUGUUGUUACACCCGGCUUCCCAAAGUGUUGUCUGACUUUUUAUUAUUAUAUUUUUCAUUACUCUUGUUCAGUGACCCUGACAUUCUAAAAGACUUUAAAUUAUUGUCAACAAUUAUUCUUUGAUUGUAAAAUCCUUAAUUGUUUUUCUUUAUUGUUUUUGCCUUAUUAUUGUAAUUAUUCAAUUACUAUAGUAUUUUUGUUAACUCUAUUAAAGUAGUAUUUUAAUUGGA